AUGGCUGACUCUUCCAUAGUCGCGAAGCUGGAUAAUCUAGUGGCCGACAUUCUGGCCGACUGGAACAUAUACACAACUGUGUUCGCCGGAGCUGUCCUAGCAUUUGCUAUAUAUUCGGUUGCCUCAUCUCGGGACCCCGAUGUCCACCCGUUUCUGCUUGCUCGCCAAUCAACCCCAGCCCCGAUUCGUCAGGAGGGUGAAUCGGCCACCUACAGGUGCCUGGAAACCCCCCAUGGCCUACCACUUCGAUUUGGAUUGAAUGUCAAAGACCCCGGUGCUCCGAAAUGGACCGGUGGCCGACGUGGAGACCUGCGGGAUAUUUGGAAGACGGCAGUUCGUGGCGCUUUGAAUGAGGAUGGUACAAUCUCUGGAAAGCAAGGCAAGAUUUACACUGUUCUGGGGAGAAAGGCCAUUGAACACUCGUUGGGUCAAGUUACCCAAGAAAUCAAUGUCAUCGGCCACCAUCUCCAAAAAGCUGGUGUCAAGACUGUGGCUGUCUGUCUGACUGACUCUAUUGAGCUGCUGGCUGCUAUCUUUGCUGGUGCUUUCUAUGGAUACAAGACCGUCAUCGUUCCACACAAUCUCCCGGCAGAAGUUCUAUCAGCACACUUGAAGCACGCAGAAGCAGACGUACUUAUCGCCGAAGCUGGAUCUCUGGACCUCUCUGUUGUCACCAAUGAGAACAAGCAGCUCUCUCUCGUUCUCUGGGUCGCCAAGUAUGGCAACCGCCACAUGGAUUGGAAUGGUGUCCCCGAGAACGUCGAGGGUAGCUUAAAGGUUGCAGUCUGGCAUGAGCUGGUUGAAGAGUUCAAAGAUCUCGCUGGCUAUGAAGUCCCCGAGUAUGAUCCAAAGACAGAGACUCCUGCUGUCAACACCGUUUGGCCAUCCUCCUCCCAGUCCGGUCAAUUCAUCGACUUCAAGCCGGAGAACUUUGCGUCUGCCAUCGGAGCCAUUAUCUCCACGCUUCCUCGCACUCAACGUUUUGGCCCGUCUGACCUUGUGCUCUCAAUCGACUCUCUCUCCCGAUCGUACCCUCUCUGCACUACUAUGGCAGCAUUGUUCUCUAACUCAUCCGUCGCUCUUAACUCUGUCGCCGGAGAGAAUGUGGACUUCGCGCUGGCUACAGCUGGUGUAUCCCCCACUGUGAUUGUUGCCUCGUCGCAAACCAUCUCCGCGUACCACGACCAGAUCAUGCGCCCCCACACUGGUUUCAUUUCAUCGCUCGGAAGAUGGGUUCAAGCACGAACUCUAGAGGCAGGUAACAUGCCGACACGCAACUUCUUGAGCCAGUUGGCUCGCAUCGGGCCUACCGCCGAGCUUUCGUUGGACAAUCUGCGUUUGUUGUGCAUCUCUCAUCGUAUUGACGGUGACUCGACCGCUCGCCUGACCUCUGAGCAACUGACCGAACUAAGAAUCUUUACCGGAGCCCGUGUGGUGUAUGCUUUGACUGGUCCUGGUGUCGCUGGCGCGAUUGCGCAGACAAAUGCCUUCGAUUACAGAACCCUUACUGGCCCUAGCCACUUCGGUGCCCCAUUGAGCAGCACCCAGUACACCUUGAUCAAUGUUCCUGAAGGUUCCCCUGACGGCACAGAGGAGGGACAGCUCACCGUUUCCGGUCCCGCUGUUGUCGGCGGUUCGACUUCCCUUCCUGGGCGAGCCCGCGUCAGCAAGGAUAACACCUUGGAGCUGUGCUCAUAG